AAAAAACCUCAAUAAAAUGCGCAGAAUUGCCAGUUGUUAGCUUAGUUGGUGAGCUGUGCCAGGAGAAAGAGGGCAGGGCACGUUGAUGGUUCGACCAAAAACAGCUGCUGACAGAACGGGGAGACCAUCCACACUGAAGCAAAAAUAUCAGCGGGGUGUUUUUAUGUAUCAGCUGGAACGUGUAUUCCUGCGCCUGGGCCAUGCAGAGACAGACGAACAGCUGCAGGAUAUCAUCUCCAAGUUCCUGCCACCAGUCCUCCUCAAACUGUCCAGCGUUCAGGAGGGUGUGCGAAAGAAAGUGAUGGAGUUAUUAGUGCAUCUGAACAAGAGAAUCAAAAGCCGACCAAAAAUCCAGCUGCCGGUUGAAACUUUGCUGGUGCAGUACCAGGACCCCUCUGCAGCCUCUUUUGUUACGAAUUUCACCAUCAUCUACAUCAAAAUGGGGUAUCCUCGCCUGGAGGUGGGGAAACAGUGCGAGCUCGCCCCGACUCUUCUCACCGCAAUGGAGGGAAAGCCACAGCCGCAGCAGGACAGUUUGAUGCAUCUGCUCAUCCCCAGUCUUUUCCACAUGAAGUACCCUGCAGACACGUCUAAAAACGCUCUCCCCUUCAACCUCUCCGAGAGGCCAAAGACGGUCCAGCUGCUGCUGGAAUUCAUGCUAGACGUUUUACUCAUGCCUUAUGGGUUUGUGCUGAACGAAUCUCCUUCUCGACCAGUGCCGUCCUCCUCUCAAGGAAGUUCUGGAGACGGUGCGGCGGCUGCAGGUGGGCAGGGUCUCCCGCAGCCUCCCCCGGGAAUGAGUGUCUAUGCUGUCAAGAGGGUGAUUGGAGAAGCGCAGUGGAACGCCGAGCAGUUGGAGCAGUGCAAGCUGGGAAUAGUGAAAUUCAUCGAAGCCAAGCAGGUCCCAGAAGUGGAGACGGUGGUCCACCUGGUGGUGGCAUCAAGCGACACGAGACACAGUGUGGCCACUGCAGCCGAUCUGGAGCUGAAGAGCAAACAGAGCAUAAUCGAUUGGAACAAUCCUCUAAUCAUCAACAAAAUGUUCAAAAUUUACCUGGGAGACGUUCCUCUUAAAACAAAGGGCGGUGGUGUGAAACAAGAGCUAAAGCAUGAGCCGGUGAGCACCAGAGUCAAACUGAAGAUCCUGCCGCAUCUUUUAAGGUCACGCCUGGCAGCGGAGUGCUUUCCAGCUAAUAUCCAGGUUGUGUAUGACGGCCUGUUUGGAGCCAACACCAACAACAAACUGCUGUCUCUCACACUACAGUUUGUUCAUCACAUCUGCAUGGUAUGCCCCGACACUAAUAAGCCUUUAGGGCUGAUGCUUCUCAACGGUCUCACGAAGCUCAUCAAUGAAUACAAAGAGGAUCCCAAGUUACUCUGUGUUGCUUACUCUGCAGUUGGAAAGCUGUCAAGUCGUAUGCCUCAGCUGUUCACUAAGGAUAUUGCACUUGUGCAGCAGUUUUUUGAGUCCAUGUGUAAGGAGGACCCUGAUGUCCGCCUUGCGAUUCAAGAGGCUUUGUCAAUGAUGGUUGGAGCUUACGUCAACCUACAGGGGGCGCUGCUGAAUCUGAUGGAGGCCCUCGUGGCCGCUUAUAUUGCCAAGCCAGAGGUGCAGGUUCGUCAGGUGGCCAUGAAGUUUGCCAGCACCGUGUUUGCGCCUGAUCACGUGCCGUCAAGAUACCUGCUGCUGCUGGCUGCUGGAGACACACGGGAGGAAGUAUCUGCAGAAGCCCAGAGGGUUCUGAGAGCUCACCCCCCAAAGAGCGAAAAAGAAGGACCAAAGCCGAUGCCAUCCUUUCCAGACAUGGUUGCCUAUGUUCAAGAAAAAGCAGCUCAGAGGAUAAAGACUCCAGCUAAAUAUGUCGUUGGAACCUCCACCAUUCCUUUUAACCCAUCUGCAUUUGCAGAGAUCAUGCUGUACCUGAGGAUGUGUUUAGCUCACAGCGCCGGGGCCACGCCUCUGUCCACCCGCCUGACGGACAUGCAGGACGAUGCUCCCGCCAUCGGCCGCUACGUUCAGUUGCUGCUGUCCGCCGAACCUCAGCCCUCGGCGUCAAAAGGCUCGGAGACGAAUCCCAUUUACGUCUACAUGGAUCUUCUGCAGCAGCUGCUGUCUGCUGUGGGAGGAAUACCCGUCAUGUACUGCUUACUAGAAGUGGUGUCUGUUUGCCCGGAAAAGCUGGCCCCCAGGUUUUCUGAUAGAAUCGACUGGAUUAAAAGCCUGAUGAACACAAACAAAGAGGACAUGAGGGAGCUUGCCGCUCAGCUUUACGCUGUGGUGGUUUCCACCCUGACGGGCAACGAGCUGCAGACGGCUGUGCAGAACUUAGUUAAAAUCACCAGAGACAACCACAGUCCUGAAACUCAGCAUGGCGCCAUCUUGGCUCUGGGCUACAUGGUGGGGAGGUACAUGAGCAGAAAGAAAGCCCUCACUUGUUCUGACUCAACAAAAAGCAUCACUUCCAAGGAUGAAGGUGAUGAACUUGUAGCCAUGGCUACUAAAACCAUUGGUUCCUUCCUGGACAGCAGCAGUGCCCUGUUGACUGUAGCCGCCUGUACAGCUCUGGGAGAGAUCGGGCGCAACGCCCCUCUGUUGAUCCCUGCAGACGGAUCGGGCUGCACUAAACUUUCCGUCGUGGAAAACCUCCUCGCCCGCAUCCCCUCCGGCAAAGAGAGCACUAAGAUGAAGGAAAGAUCCAUCACAACUUUGGGUUACCUCCCAGUGGGAGAUGCAGACUUUCCACACCAGAAGAAGCUGCUGCAGGGACUGAUGGAUUCAGUGGAGGCUAAGCAGGUGGAGCUGCAGUUCACAGUUGGAGAGGCGAUCACUAGUGCUGCCAUAGGAACCCUUUCAGGCGCUGCACGAGACCCGUGGACCUGCACAGAAGACCAGUACAGUCCACCACACAAUGUGCAGAGCAACGACGUGGUUCCGUGGGUCCUCAACUCCAUUCUGUCCAAAUAUGUGCCGAGCCAGAACCCUCACGUCCGACAGGCUUCCUGCAUCUGGCUGCUCUCGCUCGUCAAGAAACUGGGCCAUCACCAGGAAAUUACAACUCAUUUGAAGGAGAUUCAGAUCGCAUUCAUCUCUGUGCUCUCGGAUCCUGAUGAGUUGAGUCAGGAUGUGGCAUCUAAAGGUCUGGGGCUUGUGUACGAGAUGGGAGGAGAACGCGACCAGCAGGAACUGGUUUCUACUCUGGUUGAAACACUCAUGACUGGCAGAAGAGUCAAACAUGAACUUUCCGAGGAGACGGAGGUCUUCCAGGGGGAAGGACUGGGAAAAACACCAGACGGUCAUGGCUUAUCCACUUACAAGGAGCUCUGCUCAUUAGCCAGCGACCUGAACCAACCAGAUCUAGUCUACAAAUUCAUGAAUCUGGCUAAUCAUCAUGCAAUGUGGAACUCACGCAAGGGAGCAGCUUUCGGUUUCCACAUGAUCGCAGCUAAAGCUGGGGAGCAGCUGUCUCCGUUCCUGCCUCAGUUAGUGCCUCGUCUGUACCGCUACCAGUUUGACCCCAACCUGAGCAUCCGCCAGGCCAUGACCAGCAUCUGGGACGCUUUGGUGACCGAUAAGACCCUGGUGGACAAAUAUCUGAAAGAAAUCCUGCAGGAUGUCAUGUCCAACCUGACCAGUAACGCCUGGAGAGUGCGUGAAUCCAGUUGUCUGGCUCUUAAUGACCUGAUCCGCGGCCGUCAGGCUGAUGAACUUCUGGAUUACCUGUCAGAAAUGUGGGAGACGCUGUUCCGAGUCCUUGAUGACAUCAAGGAAUCUGUAAGAAAGGCUGCAGACCUCACACUGAAAACUCUCAGCAAAGUUUGCAUUCGUAUGUGCGAAUCUUCAGGAUCCGCGGCUCAGAGAAGCGUGGCGGUGCUGCUGCCGACCCUGCUGGAGAAAGGCAUCGUUAGCAACGUGUCAGAGGUUCGCUCGCUCAGCAUCCAGACUUUGGUGAAGAUCAGCAAGACUGCCGGUGCCAGACUAAAGCCUCACGCUUCCAGGCUGAUCCCAGCCCUGCUGGAGGCUCUCAGCACUUUGGAGCCCCAGGUCCUCAACUACCUCAGUCUCAGAGCCACAGAGCAGGAAAAGAGUGCCAUGGAUGCUGCGAGGCUGAGUGCUGCCAAAUCCUCUCCUAUGAUGGAAACUGUCAACAUGUGUUUGCAACACCUGGAUGUUUCUGUCCUCGGGGAGCUGGUUCCCAGACUCUGUGAGCUGCUAAAGAGUGGAGUGGGCCUGGGCACAAAGGGAGGCUGUGCGAGUGUGAUCGUUUCCCUCACCGUGCAGUGUCCUCAGGACCUAACUCCAUACUCAGGUAAACUGAUGAGUUCUCUGCUGAACGUCAUCCAUGACAGAAGUUCUGUGGUACAGAAAGCAUAUGCCUUCGCUUUGGGGCACCUGGUCAGGACGGCUAAAGACAGCAGUGUGGAGAAGCUGCUGCUCAAGCUGAGCAACUGGUACUUGGAAAAAGAAGAACCCGUUUACAAAUCGUCUUGUGCUUUGACGGUGCACGCCAUCAGUCACUACAGCCCGGAUGUGCUGAAGGGUCACGCAGGAGUGGCUCUGCCUCUGGCGUUUCUUGGCAUGCAUCAGGCUGCUGGUCCUGAUGAGGAGAACGGAGAGGGUCAUGAUGCCAAACUGUGGACGGAGGUGUGGCAGGAGAACGUCCCAGGUAGCUUCGGAGGAAUCCGACUCUACAUGACGGAGCUGAUCGCCAUCACACAGAAAGCCCUGCAGUCCCAGUCUUGGAAGAUGAAGGCUCAGGGUGCAGCUGCCAUGGCAACUGUUGCCAAGGAGCAGACAGGCUCAUUAGUGGCACCACACCUUGGAUUGGUGCUCUCCGCUUUGAUGCAGGGACUCUCUGGGCGCACAUGGGCUGGGAAGGAGGAGUUGUUGAAAGCCAUUGGUUCUGUGGUAUCCAAAUGCAGCACAGAGUUGCAGAAACCGUGCAGUGGCCAACCAACCAUCGCCGAGGUGCUGGAGGCUGUGAUGAGGGAAUGCCGUAAGGAGAAUCUGGUGUACAAAACGGCCGCUCUGCGUUGUGUUGGAGAUGUUCUGCACAGCAGCCAAGAGGACCGUUUCAGAGAGAUGGCAGAGAUCGUUUUCCCUCUCAUCAAGAAGAGUUCUCCAAAGAGCGGCGGUGCGUCUGCUCGGUCUCUGGACGAUGAUGAUGAUGAGGAUGAUGCGGAUGUGAAGGAGAAAGAGCUGCAGACUGAAGCUCUGCUUUGUUCUUUUGAGACUCUAGGGAAGGCCUGGCCCAGAAACCAGGAGACACAGGUACAUUUCCAGAUGGAUGUUUGCAAUCUGAUGUGUGAGAAGUUAAAGUUGAGCACUUGGAAAGUUCAGCUGGCUGUCCUGCAGGCCAUGAAGGCGUACUUUCAGAAAUUACUGCUUCUGGAGAAGGGUACUGAAGACUUGAACGCUCUGUCCCCGAUCCUCACUGAGACCUGCGCCGCUCUCACUCAUCCUUUAGAAAACAAAAGUUACUCCUCUGUGAGGACGGAGGCCUUGACAGUCGUGGAUCUUAUUGUUAAGAAAAUAGGAGAGAGCGAGCAGUGGGACUGCAUGUCUGCCCGGAGCCGCGAGCAGCUGCAGCGCUCCCUGUCCACGCUGCAGUCCGACAGCAGGCCCGAGCUGAGGGACAAGGCCCAGGAGCUGCGCAGACGCAUCCAGAGUCAGCCCUGAGCCGGCACAGCGCCAUCGGUCCGUGACGCCAUCUCCACCGCACCUCUUCCUCCUCCAUACAGCUGACCUUUUGAAUUAACCACUAUGAACCGCCACUAUUUCUUUCUGCUUUAAGGAUCAUUUAUAACUUAAGAUGUGACUCCAAUCAAUACAGCUGAUAAGUCUGUGAACAGGUUUGAAAUUUAUAAAUGUCUCACUCUUCUGAGCAUUUACCAACUCAACGUUUUUAAUUGAAAUAACCAGGAAGUUGUUGAUUACUAUCUGAACUAGUGUGUUGGGUUUGUGGACACCGUUCACUUCCAGCCCCCGAAUGGGGAAUCGUACUACUGUCGUGGGUGUGCUUCUCAUGAAAUGUUAACAGCAGGGUGUUUAUCUGAGAUUAUUCUGCAGAUUUAUUAUUAUUCAACCACAACGAGCAGUUGGAGUUUAUAAAAACAUCUGCAGUGUUUGGAAAAAGAAAAAAAAAAACCCUGAGAGUCUGCUGUUUUCUGAUGCUAUAGCUGUUUGAAUUUGUCCUUGAUUAAAAAAAUCUCCUUUGA